AUGAAUCUGUUUCGAAUUUCUGCCGAUUUGGCUCACGCAGUGGCCAUUGUCAUCCUCAUUCUCAAGAUAUGGAAGUCCCGCAGUUGCGAAGGUAAUUUUUACUUAUUUUCUACUUCAAACGCCUCAAUCGAUAAAUUUUAGGCAUUUCCGGACGCUCUCAGCUUCUGUUUGCUGUCGUGUUCUUCACGAGAUACCUGGACCUCUUCACGAGCUUCUACUCGCUCUACAACACCAUCAUGAAGGUACCUUUUCUGCAAAUGAGAACUGAGGCUCAAAUCUCAUUUCUUUUAAGGUGUUUUUCCUCGUUGGAUCCAUCGGAACUGUGUACCUGAUGUGGGCCAAGUUCAAGGCGACCUACGACCGCAACAACGACUCCUUCCGCAUUGAGUUCCUCGUCAUCCCGUGCAUGAUCUUUGCCCUUAUUAUCAACCACGAGUUCAUGUUCAUGGAAGUAAGCUGUUCCUUCAUCAGUUCAAGAGAUAACUUUUGUAUUCCAGGUGAUGUGGACCUUCUCCAUCUACCUCGAGGCCGUCGCCAUCAUGCCGCAACUCUUUAUGCUCUCUCGCACCGGAAACGCCGAAACCAUCACCGCCCACUACCUGUUCGCCCUCGGAUCGUACAGAUUCCUCUACAUCUUCAACUGGGUCUACAGGUUCGUUUUCACUAAAAACUAUUUGCGGACAAUGACAGCCCCACUUCGCUUCACUUUAGAGGAGAGGAGACAGCUGAAGCGCAUCUGGUAGUGAGGGAAAGAGAGGAAUUUGUAUAUUUGUGAACUUUGUCUCUGUGACAGAUGCUGUCAAGCUGGCCAAACCAAAACGGAUUACCACUAGGCACUUUGUUGAAAAUGAUCAAGAACCACCGACUUUCAUGGAAGUUAGAGAAAAGAACAAAGUUCCAGAAAUUGUGAAGCUUGGUGUCUUCCACAGUUUGCAGCCCUUUUCCAGUUCGUCAAGUAGAAAAUUCAGCUUCACGGCUCCCCAAUGCUGUCACAACAGUAGCUGAACAAAAACCUUUGUGAAUUUAAGAGUACUCUCCCAGAAAACCGGCCGAGGCUUUUUUAAGGGCCAGUUGAAGCAUGAACUUGACCCACUCACAAUAAUUCAAUCGGAACUAAAUUUUGAGGAUUUUUCGGACUUGGAUUGAAGUAAAUUGAUUUCAUUUUUCAGACCGAUCGGAUUAUCCGGUCCCGAGAUAUGUGGAUCAGAGGCCGCACAGGUCACAAUUUUUGUAAAAACCGGCCUUUAGACCUGAAACCAGUAUAUCUUUUGAACAGGUAAUCCGAUCGCUCUGAAAAUUGGAACCAAUAUACUGGAAUCCAAAUCCAAAAACCCUGCAUAGUUUGGGCUCGAUCGGAAGAUAGCAAUUGUUUUAAAAAUCCAGACCAGGGCGACUUUUUGCCCAGCUUGUCAAACCAAUCCUCUUUCCAGAUACUACACCGAGAGCUUCUUCGACCCAAUUGCCGUCGUCGCCGGAAUCGUCCAGACUGUCCUUUACGCCGACUUCUUCUACCUUUACAUCACUCGUGGUCUGUUUUUGAUCUUUCUCGUUCAUUCAACUCAUUAGCUCGUUUUCAGUGAUCCAAUCCAACCGUCAAUUCGAGAUGUCCGCCUAA